AUGGCGCCUAUAUUACAGAAACGCAAGAGAGACACAGGACAGCUAGAGGCGAUCUCCUUCGACCCUACUGCACGUCAAGACUAUCUGACCGGGUUCCACAAGCGCAAGUUAGCUCGAAUUCAGAAUGCACGUGAGACUGCAAUCAAGCGGGAGAAGGAGGAGAAGGUGCGGGAGCGGCGACAGAUGCGAGAGCAGCGAAAGAUGGACCUUGACCGACACAUGGCUGAGUUUAACGCGGAGUUGCGGAAGCAGAACCCCGAUCUUACAGAGUCAGAGGCGGAAGAUGGGAAGGUGGACGCAGAUGGCGCUGGAGGCGAAUGGCAGGGACUUGGGGAGCGGCCAACAGCGGAUGUAGCGCAGGAGGACGAGGAGUAUGUGGACGAGGACAAGUACACCACAGUAACUGUGGAGCCAAUGAACAACUUCAAUGACGAGGAGGACGAGGAUAGGGAUGCAGCGAAAGAGUACGCACAACUUCCUCCCGAAGACCCCAAUCGUUCAGCGAAAAAGAAGCGCGUAUGGGCCAAAGACAGACCGGCAGACGGUAAAGCUCGACCGAAGAAGCACAAGUUCCGCUACGAGAGCAAAGCGGAACGGCAGGAGACCCGGCGUAAGCAGAAGGUAAAAAGAAGCAAGGCUGCCAAAGCACGG